AUGCAAUUUCAACUGAUCUUUCUUUUGCAUCUUGGGUUGCUCAGUUACGUGAAAGCUCCAGAUGAACGCAGCAGAGGUGCCCAUCAGCCCGUCGGCGAUCUCCUGGUGGGUCUCAGUGGGCAGCUCACGGCUUCUUCCACCUGUGCACUGGGCAGAGCCCAGAAAUACUGCAUCCUCAGCUACCUCGAGGGGGAACAAAAAUGCUUCAUCUGUGAUUCCAGAUUUCCAUAUGAUCCACACACCCAACCCAACAGCCACACCAUUGAGAAUGUAAGUUUUGAACCAGAGAGAGAAAAGAAGUGGUGGCAAUCUGAAAAUGGUCUUGAUCAUGUCAGCAUCAGACUGGACCUAGAGGCCUUAUUUCAGCUCAGUCACCUUAUUCUGACCUUUAAGAAUUUUCGGCCUGCUGCAAUGUUAGUUGAACGCUCCACAGACUAUGGACAUACCUGGAGAGUGUUCAAAUAUUUUGCCAAAGAUUGUGCUGCUUCCUUCCCUAACAUCACAUCUGGCCAGGCCCAGGGAGUGGGAGACAUUGUUUGUGACUCCAAAUAUUCGGAUAUUGAACCCUCCACUGGUGGUGAGGUUGUUUUAAAGGUGUUGAGUCCCAGCUUUGAAAUACAAAACCCUUACAGCCCUUACAUCCAGGACCUCGUGACAUUAACAAACCUGAGGAUAAACUUUACCAGGCUCCAUACUCUCGGGGAUACUUUGCUUGGAAGAAAGCAAAAUGAUUCCCUUAAUAAAUACUACUAUGCACUGUAUGAGAUGGUGGUUAGAGGAAGCUGUUUUUGCAAUGGCCAUGCUAGCGAAUGUGGUUCAGCACAGAAGACGCACGGUGAUGUUUUCAGCCCUCCCUGCAUGGUUCAUGGUCGAUGCAUCUGUCAGCACAAUAUAGAUGGCCCAAACUGUGAGAGGUGCAAGGACUUCUUCCAGGAUGUUCCUUGGAGGCCAGCUACGGGCCUCCUGGACAGUGCUUGCCAAGCUUGCCACUGUAACGGCCACUCUGACCGCUGUCACGUCGACAUGACUGCAUACCUGGUGAGCGGGGGCCGCAGUGGGGGCGCGUGUGACGACUGCCAGCACAACGCGGAGGGCCAGCCCUGUGACCGCCGCAGACCCCUCUUCUACAGGGACCCCCUCAAGGCCAUCUCGGACCCUUACGCGUGCAUCCCUUGUGAGUGUGACCCCGAUGGGACCAUUUCGGGUGGGCUUUGUGUGAGCCACUCUGAUCCUGACUUGGGGUCUGUGACCGGCCGAUGCCUGUGUAAGGAGAGCGUGGAAGGAGCAAAAUGCGACAGAUGCAAGCCAGACCACUACGGACUGAGCGCCGCGGACCUCCUUGGCUGUCAGUCCUGCGACUGUCACCCCCUUGGGAGCCUGCCGCUCUUGCCCUGUGAUGUGGAUACAGGCCAAUGCUUGUGUCAGGCAUUUGCUGCCGGACUACGCUGUGAAGAAUGCACUAUUGGAUACUGGGGACUGGAAAAUCACCUCCAUGGAUGUUCUCCCUGCAACUGUGAUGUUGGAGGUGCUUAUUCCAACAUGUGCUCACCCAAAAACGGGCAGUGUGAUUGCUGUCCCCACGUCACAGGUCGCAGCUGCACUGAGCCAGCGCCUGGCUAUUUCUUUGCUCCUUUGAAUUUCUACCUCUAUGAGGCGGAGGAAGCCACGCCACUUCUGGGACUGGCACCUUUGGGCUCGGUGACUUCUGACCAACUGCCUGCUGUUUCCAUCUUUCUCCGAGAGCCAGUUCCUGGGAUGCCUGUUAUGUGGACGGGACCUGGAUUUGCCAGGGUUCUCCCUGGGGCUGGUUUGAGAUUUGCUGUGGGGGACAUCCCUGUUCCCAUGGAUUUCACAGUUGCCAUUCACUAUGAAACUCAGUCUGCAGAUGACUGGACCAUCCAGAUGGUGAUUAACCCCAUUGGAGCAAGCAAGCACUGCACACGUGAGACCCCACAGUCAAAGCUUCAGGCUUUACCAGCAGCUUCCAGAAUCAUGCUGCUUCCCACACCCAUCUGUUUAGAACCAGAUGUACAAUAUUCCCUUGAUGUCUAUUUUUCCCAGCCUUUGGAAGGAAGGUUCAAGGCUCAUUCACCCAUCCUGGUUGAUUCUCUUGGUCUUACUCCCCAAAUCAACUCACUGAAGAAUUUCUGCAGCAAGCAGGAUUUAGAUGAAUAUCAGCUGCACAACUGUGUUGAAAUUGCCUCAGCAUCGGGACCUCAGGUGCUCCCUGGAGCAUGUAAAAGGCUUAUAGCCAGUUUGUCUGCCAGGCUACACAACGGGGCCGUGGCUUGCAAGUGUCAUCCACAGGGCUCGAAGGGACCCAACUGCAGCCGACUGGGAGGCCAGUGCCAAUGUAAGCCUGGGGUGACUGGCCGCUGCUGUGACACGUGCUCAACAGGAAGCUACGGUUUGGGGCAACAUGGCUGUCACUCUUGUCACUGCCACCCUCAAGGCUCAAACAGCACCACAUGUGACCAAGUAUCAGGACAGUGCCCGUGCCGUGGACAGGUGGCUGGCCACCAUUGCGAUCGGCACCUGGCUGGCUACUUCGGAUUUCCCAACUGCCGCCCCUGCCUCUGUAAUGGGCUCACUGAACUUUGUGAUCCAGAAACUGGGUCAUGCUUCAACUGUGGCGGAUUGACAACUGGGAGAAACUGUGAAAGGUAUGGAAUGCAUGUGCACUUUUUUUUUCCUUUUGUUCUGAUUUCACAACAUUCGUGGCCAAAGUAUUGGAGNUCUUCAGGACAGUCCUGCCGUCCUUGCCCGUGUCCAGAUGUUCCCUCCAGCAAUCGGUAUUUUGCCCAUUCCUGUUAUCAGAAUCUUUGGAACUCAGAUGUAAUCUGCAAUUGUUUUCCAGGUUAUACAGGUGUGCAGUGUGGAGAAUGCUCUGCUGGUUUCUAUGGAAAUCCAGGUAUUUCCGGAGCACCCUGCUGGCCAUGUGCCUGUAACAACAACAUUGACGUGACUGAUGCAGGGUCCUGCAGCCCAGCCACAGGGGAGUACCUGAAAUGUCUGUACAACACUCAGGGCCCCAGCUGCCAGCUCUGCAAGCCAGGUUACUUCGGCUCGGCCCUCGAUCAGACCUGCAUGAGGUGCUCUUGUCAUCCCUCUGGCGUGAGUCCCACUGAGUGUCCCCUCAGUGGGGAAGUUUGCCUCUGUGACCCUGACACUGGCACGUGCCCAUGUCUGCCCAGUGUCACUGGCCGGACCUGUGACCAUUGUGCUGAUGGAUACUAUCUGGUCCCUGGCAGAGGAUGUCAGCCAUGUGAUUGUGACCCCUGGACCUCGCUCAGUAGCCGCUGUGACUAGCUUACAGGCCAGUGUCCGUGUAGAUCAGGCUAUGAUGGGAAACGCUGCUCUGAGUGUGAGGAAAAUCAUUAUGAGGAUCCCCUAGGGCGAUGCAUUCCGUGUGACUGCAACAGGGAAGGUUCCUAGAAGCCUGUCUGUGACCAGGGCACAGGCGCGUGUUGAUGCCAGGAGGGCGUUAGCGGCCCUCGAUGCGAUCGCUGUGCCCGGGGUCAUGCCCGGGAAUUCCCCUCUUGUCUUCGGUGUCACUAGUGCUUUGAUCAAUGGGACCACACUAUUUCUUCCCUCUCCACAGUGGUGCAAGGGUUAAUUAGGCUGGCUGCUAACAUGGAAGAUAAAAGAGAGACCCUGCCUGUCUGUGAGGCCGACUUCAAAGGCCUCAGAGAAAACAUGUCUGAAAUAGAAAGGAUUUGGAGACAUCCUGUUUUCUCAUCUGAGGAAUUCUCAAAAGUCAAGGAUUAUCAUGACUCUGCUCGGAAACAAAUCAUGCAACUAAGUGAGCAGCUGAAAACAGUGGAUGAAUUUGAAGACCUAAAAGAAACAAUCGUCAGAAUGAGGAAUGAAACAAACCUCUUACUUGAAGAUCUUCAGGAAGGAAAUGAUUUGCACUUCGGUGCCUGGAAUGCAAGCCUCAUGGAUUUUUCAAAGGACAUCAAGAAGUAUUAUCAGAGUUCUUUAUCUACUGAAAAGAAAACUAAUGAAACUACAUCCAUCAUAAACAACUUCAAAAAUACCAGGAAUGACUUACUUAGCAUCUUAGAUACACUAACCUCAAAAGAAGACUUGUCAUUGGAGAAAUUACAGCAGAUCAAGAUACCAAAUAUUCAAAUAUUGCAAGAAAAGGUGUGUGGAGAAGGAGAGGACACGGCCUGUGGGCUCUCAUCCUGUGGUGGCCCGAGCUGUUAUGGCUCCCCAACCCUCUCAAGGAAUGCCCUGCAGAAAGCUCAGGAAGCAGAGUCUGUGAUUCACAGUUUGAACAACCAAGUUCACAGGUUGAAGAAACAGAUCAGAAAUAUAAGUAAACUGGCAGAAGUUUGCAAAAAGAGUGCAUUACAGCUAAGAAAGAAACUGAGGAAUAUGAAAAACCAAAGUGAAUCUGAAGAAGAAAAAAUGAAUCUUCUAAUAGAAAAACUGAAAAUAUUUUUGUUAGAGGAAAAUGUGCCUCCAGAGGAUGUAGAGAAGGUGGCAAAUCGUGUACUCGACAUCCACCUACCAAUAGCAUCGCAAAAUCUAACCCAUGAACUUGACAAAAUACAGAAACUUAUGCAACUCUGUGAGGACUAUAGGACGGAAGAGGACAGGCUAAACAAAGCAGCAGAUGGAGCCCAAAAGGUUCUGGUGAAGGCAGAAGCAGCUAAAAAAGCAGAAAAUGUUCUAUCAAAUCUCAGCAAAAUGUUGAAGAAGUUGCAACAAGUUCAAAUGACUCAAGGAUGGGCAGAUUCUACCAUCACACAGCUGACUGCCGAGAUAACAAAAAUCAAAAAGAACAAACUUCAGGCUGAAAAUCAGGCCCAGGAGACGAAGAAGAAGCUGGACAUAGCAAAGCACCAGUCCGCGUUGGAGCGUGGACUUGCCCAGCUCUAGACCACGCUGCAGAGGAACCGAGGCGAGGCUGUUCGCACACGAGCUCAGGCUGAAGCAGCCCGGCACCAGGCUGGGGGCCUUGAGGAGGAGUUUGUUGAGCUACAGAAUCAAUAUGCUGUUCUUCAGCAUAAGAUGAGCGCGCCAGGACUGACAAAGGAAACAUUAGGAAAAGUGAAACAGCUAACAGAUGCAGCAGCAAACCUGGCUGGAGACACAGAGGACAAGAUGAGAAGAAGAGCAGAUUUGGAAAAGAAGAUCCAAGCUUUGAAUCUUAGUAAACAAGAAAAAGCUGAUCAGCUGAAACAGUUGGAAGAUCAAGUCAUUGCCAUUAAAAAUGAAAUUGUCGACUGAGAAAAUAACUAUGCUACCUGCUACAGUUAGGUGGGGUUAAAAUGCAAAAUCAUGUGUGCUUUCAUUUCUGGCUUCUGAUGAGCAAACCUGAAGAGCUGUGCUGAGGCUGAGAAGCACAAAUGGCCAGCCUUUUCUUCCUCCUCCUUUGAGUCCUCUCCUAGCCCAGCGUGGCUGGGGAGUGAAGUCUGGCCAAGGAAAUGCCACUUCGUACGGGAUAGAAAUGGAAUAGAAAAGAGAUCAUCUCUAGUUUCAGGAAACUUUGUUUUCGCCUUCCUUUCCUUUCAUAGCUUAAAAAUAAUGACUUGCAUGUUACAAGUGUAAAUCUAUAAAUAAGUAGAUAUUUAUACUCAUUUCAAUCCAGUGGCCUAAGUGUUAAAUAAGUUGCCAGCAUUUGGGGUUGGGGGAAUGCGGAGUUCUAAUCAACAGGCAAGAUGUUUCAAUUAAGCAAGAUGAGUACGUUGUAAAGGUCUACUGCAUAUUAUACAUAUAGUCAGUGAUAACAUAUUAUACACUUAAAAAGCAAUGAGUGUAAAUCUCAUAUUAAAUGUUAACACAAUAAGAUAAAAAUAAAUUUAACCAAACCAAUAUCUCUAAUACUAGAAUGGCAUAAAUAUGGAUGGCAUAUACUAGAUUGUCCUAUAUUUUAUUUGGAUAUGCUUUGUCUGUAAAACUCUUAUUCCAUUCUGAAUAAAAUGCAUACAAUUCAAAAUGUAACUUGUUUUUACACCCACUUUCCUAUGUAGUCAUUCUCUCAACCAAAGGAUUCUG